GGGGGCUAUUCUCUCUCCCAGGAACAUGGCGGCGAGUCAGGGAGGUGGUGGUAACAGUGGGGGUGGCGGUGGUGGUGGAGGUGGAAGCAGCAGUGGCAGUAGCGCGGCCGGAGGAGGAGGUGGUGGGGCCGGAGGGGGAGGUGGAGGCGGCAGUGGCGGGAUCCUGGUGGUGCCCAUCCCGGUGCCGACUCUUUUCGGCCAGCCGUUUCCCAAUGGGCCGCAGUGGAACCCGGGGAGCCUGCAGCCUCAACACACCGUGAGGAGCCUGGACCGGGCCCUGGAGGAGGCGGGCAACUCCGGCAUCCUGAGCCUCAGUGGCAGGAAACUCCGGGACUUCCCGGGCAGCGGCUACGACCUGACAGACACCACCCAAGCAGAUCUUUCUAGAAACCGCUUUACAGAAAUUCCUUCUGAUGUGUGGUUAUUUGCACCUCUUGAAACAUUAAACUUAUAUCAUAAUUGCAUCAAAACCAUUCCUGAAGCCAUUAAAAACCUGCAGAUGUUAACAUACCUUAACAUUAGCCGAAAUCUUUUAUCAACAUUGCCAAAGUACCUGUUUGAUCUUCCUCUUAAAGUUUUGGUCAUCAGUAAUAAUAAACUGGUAUCCAUUCCAGAAGAAAUUGGGAAGUUAAAAGAUUUAAUGGAACUGGAUAUUAGCUGCAAUGAAAUACAGGUCCUUCCCCAACAAAUGGGAAAAUUACAGUCACUUCGAGAGUUGAAUAUAAGAAGAAAUAAUCUUCAUUCUUUGCCGGAUGAACUAGGUGAUCUUCCCUUAGUCAAGCUGGAUUUUUCUUGUAAUAAAGUGACUGAAAUCCCAGUUUGUUACAGGAAGCUGCAUCAUUUGCAAGUAAUAAUUUUGGAUAACAAUCCACUACAAGUACCACCAGCACAGAUAUGUUUAAAGGGUAAAGUGCACAUAUUUAAGUACCUAAAUAUUCAAGCAUGUUGUAGAAUGGAUAAGAAACCAGAUUCUCUUGAUCUUCCAUCUCUGAAUAAAAGAGUGCCAUCUCAGCCUCUCACAGACAGUAUGGAAGAUUUUUAUCCGAAUAAAAAUCACGGUCCUGACUCUGGAAUUGGGAGUGAUAAUGGAGAGAAACGAUUAUCUACAACAGAACCUUCAGAUGAUGAUACAAUCAGUCUUCAUUCUCAAGUGUCAGAAUCAAAUAGAGAACAAACAUUGAGAAAUGAUAAUCAUACACUAGGAAGCAAGAUUGAUUCCCAGAAAGACCAGGAGGUGUAUGAUUUUAUUGAUCCCAAUACGGAAGAUGUAGCUGUUACCGAACAAGGAGAUAUACAUAUUGGAUCAUUUGUCUCUUUCCUUAAGGGAAAAGAAAAAUGCUCUGAAAAAUCACAGAAAAAUGAAGAUUUGGGAAAUGAGAAAAGACUUGAAAAAGAACGGUUGCUUGCAGAAGAUGAUGAUGAAUUGAAGGAAGUAACUGAUUUGAGGAAAAUAGCUGCUCAGUUAUUGAAACAAGAACAGAAGAACAGGAUUCUUAAUCAUUCAACUUCUGUCAUUAGAAACAAGCUGAAACAAACUGUGGAAUGUGAAAAGAGUGUCUCGGCAGAUGAAGUUAAUUCACCAUUAUCUCCCCUUACAUGGCAGCCCUUAGAGAAUCAGAAGGAUCAAAUAGUUGAACAACAUUGGCCAGAAUCUCAACCUAUAAUCUGGCAAAGUGAAGAAAGGAGGCGGAGUAAACAGAUUAGAAAGGAAUAUUUCAAGUAUAAAUCCACAAGGAAGAGUUCAAGUGUCAAUGAAAAUGAUGAGCAAGACAGUGAUAAUGCUAAUAUGUCACCACAAUCUCCAGUAUCAUCUGAGGAGUAUGACAGAACAGAUGGUUUUUCACAUGGUCCCUUUGGCUUAAAGCCUCGAUCAGCUUUUAGCCGCUCAUCUCGCCAAGAAUAUGGAGUAGCAGAUCCAGGGUUUACAAUGAGAAGAAAGAUGGAACAUUUACGGGAAGAGCGAGAACAAAUAAGACAGCUUCGCAAUAAUCUUGAAUCCAGGUUAAAAGUAAUUUUGCCUGAUGACAUUGGAGCUGCAUUGAUGGAUGGGGUUGUUCUUUGCCAUUUAGCCAAUCACAUAAGGCCACGCUCUGUAGCUAGUAUUCAUGUACCUUCACCAGCAGUGCCCAAGCUGAGCAUGGCAAAAUGUCGAAGAAAUGUAGAAAAUUUUCUUGAUGCUUGCAAAAAAUUGGGUGUUUCACAGGAAAGACUCUGUUUGCCUCACCAUAUUUUGGAAGAACGAGGUCUUGUGAAAGUUGGUGUCACAGUUCAGGCACUCCUUGAGUUACCUACAACCAAGACAUCUCAACUUUCUAUGGCCUGAUACAACCUUUUUAAAAUCGGAAGUGUAUACUUUCAUUUCUUUGAAGUGAUUUCAGAUAUCUUUAAUUCAUGAAGAGA